AUGGGAAAGGCGUGCCUGCUUCUCUUGCUUCUGAAGACAUGUGGAAUUCACACAGAGUUGGAAACGAAGAGCCACCAUAGCUGGGAGACUCAGUGGGAAGGAAACAACUCUCAGUUCCCAAGUGAAGCUUGGAAGCAAUGCCUACCCCAAAGUAUAAUUAUAGGGGUACGGAAAGGAGGCACAAGAGCCCUACUGGAGAUGCUGAGUCUGCACCCUCAGGUGGCAGCUGCUGAUUCAGAAAUGCAUUUCUUUAACUUGGACGAAAAUUACAACAAGGGGUUGGGUUGGUACAGACAGCAGAUGCCAAUUUCACACUCAGGGCAAGUUACUGUAGAAAAGACACCAGGCUAUUUCUCUUCCUUCAAGGCCCCAGAAAGGAUCCACGCGAUGAACAGCUCUGUGAAGCUGCUGCUUAUUGUCCGGGACCCUGUAGAAAGGCUUGUGUCAGACUACACUCAGAUCCUCAACAACCGCAAGGCACAGCACAAGCCCUACCAGUCUUUGGAACAGAUUCUCUUGAAGAAUGGCCGAGAACUCAAUACCAAGUAUAAAGCCAUGCAGCGCAGCCUCUAUGCUGUGCACCUAGCUCGAUGGUUAGAAUUCUUUCCCAGGACCCAGAUUCAUAUAGUGGAUGGAGGUGGUCUCAUCCGGGAGCCGCUCUCAGAAAUGAACCAAGUAGAGCGCUUCUUAGGACUGGAGACUUACCUAGGCCCAGACAACUUUUACUUCAACCAAACUAAGGGCUUCUACUGCCUGCAGGCCAGAGGGCAUCAGCACUGUCUGGACCAAUCCAAAGGACGACCUCAUCCUAUUAUUGAUGAACUACUGCUGGAACAACUCUGCACAUACUUCAGUGAGCACAAUGAGAACUUCUUUGCCAUGGUGGGACGGACCUUCAACUGGUGCUGA